AUGACGGGCAUCUGCACGAUUGUAGUGAUUAGUAUAGAACGAUACUUGGCAAUUUGUAGACCUAUUGCUUACAAAACGAAAGGUUUAGACAGAAAAGGAAGAAUAAUUCCGUUUGUCAUUCUCACCUGGAUAGUGGCGGCCAUUUUGAAAAUUCCUGACAACGUAAGAGAGUGCACCGGUUUAUAUUAUAAUGACGCCACAAACCACGUGUUGCAUGCUUUAUUGAUUUUGACAUACGUUCUGGUACUGUUUAUUGUUACUAUUGCAUAUACAAAAAUCACUCGCAAGAUGAACGAUUACAAGAAGAGCCAAAUAAGCAGCCGUUUAGAAGAGAAGGAACAAGUGAUCCGAGUCUGUAUUGCCACAUCAGUGGUGUUCGUCAUUUGCGUGACGCCGCGCAUUCUGAACAGCAUCUUGGCGAUCGUUGCACAGACCGGAAAUAACGUGAUUACCCUGCAGGUCUUCACUUGUACCGACUUUGUCACCUACCAUCUCUUGUUUUUCAACUCAUCAGUCAACUCUAUCAUUUACAACGUGGCAAGUAAAAAAUACCGAUCUGCAUUCAAACAAGCUUUCUGUUCUUGUUUCACACGAGAGCAUAAUAUCAAGAACAUCGUGAAUUCGAUGUCAUCGCACAACAACUUCUCGCACACUAUGCGGACCCGGGUAAGUGGAGAACCUGAAGAACACCUUGAUAUGAAUAAUGAGCUUAUAAAAAUUGCCCCGAUCCGUGACGUGGCCUGCCAAGAUGGUAUUUCUGCUCCCUAUAUUAUAGAAGACGAAUCUAGAGAUACAAGACUGUAA